CCGUAACCUCUACCCUCAAACCCGAAGUUGCAAUUUGUAUUAAAUUACCUCAACUCAUCCGCUAUCGUUCAGUCUCACGGGCAUUCAUUGUCGCUGCCAAGCCAACCAGAUAACUCUCCCUUUAUCAACCAGCAAUAGCCACCAGCACCAUGAAGCCUGUUGUAUCUGUGAUGAACGCAUGGUCCUGCGUGGUCAUCUCCCUCUUCGCCAUCGUCAUCCUUUCCGUCCUCGGAUCGCUAUUCAAGAGCGAACACCACGGCUUUACCGGCUCGGAGGGUGAACCAGAAGACGGCGGCGCGGUCGCCGCUUCAAUCUUCACUGCUGUUAUUGUUUACGCCGGAUUCUUCGUUUUCUGUGCCUUCCAGGCUUACCUGCACAUGCGAGCUCGCCGGGGCGGAGCUAUAUCGCUCAGCUAAGCCCUUUCUUUCGUUUUGGCAUUUACUUCGGCAUACAGUGUGACUGGAAUGUCUAAUUAGGGGUACGGGAUUUCGGCUUGGGCUGCAGGGAGACAGCCGCGCGAGCUUUACUGCUGCUUGAAUAUAGCUAUUCAAUGUAUGUGCCUGAGCCCUCGCUAGAUGACGUCUGUGGAUGUCUCUAAAGUCGCAUGGUAGCGUCAAAGUGCCGCCAUCAAGUGUCUGCAGUUUUCUCUCCUCCGAUCUAGAAGCGUCUCUUUAUGAAUGA